UACGCCGACGCAAUCGCAUUUUUUGCAUUUGUUGAGACUACUCUGCGUUUUUGGAAAGCCUAAAGCGAAAGGAAAAGAGAUUCCGAUGGACUCCUCAACAGCGAUUCGGAGAAGCGGCGGCGGCCUCCUCGAAGGCCUCUACAGAGUUAUUAUGCGGCGCAACUCCGUCUAUGUGACCUUCGUCAUCGCCGGUGCUUUCAUCGGUGAACGGGCAGUGGACUAUGGAGUUAAGAAGAUCUGGGAGAACAACAAUGUUGGGAAGCGUUACCAAGAUAUUCCAGUUUUGGGACAGAGGCCAACUGAAUGAACUGGGCCAGAGUGAAGCAAAUCUCAGAUUGAUGAUAUUGAAUAAACGUCCUACCGAGUAUUAGUGUGCGCCUCCAUGCAAGCCAAUGAGACUGCAUUUUAUACUUUUCUUGUCUUCCCUUGCAAAUGCUUUCUAUUCAUACUUAUUCUUAAAAGUAUUGCUCUGUUGAAACAACUUUGCUAUAGGUACCCCCAUUUUGUACCCCACUCUAUUUGUGUGGCUCACAAAAGCCUAACACAUUAAAUCACAUUAAAUGAAUUGCUCCAUUUUAAUGAAGUGCAUUUGUGAGCCACAAAUAUAGGGGGUGGGUGCACAAUGGGGUACAAAAUGGGGUAGCAAUAGCAUUUUUGCUGUUAAAAUGUAGAAGCGCAUACAUUCUGCUCAUUUCUGCUGGUCCAUUUCAGACGUGUGUUUGCGGUGCCCGGCAUGUGUUCUUCAUAAUUGAUUUUUCUCAUUGCCUUGCA